UAUUGGAUAACCCUUAAACCGUGACGAUGCGUUUUUGGUUUAAAAAUAAUUUACACUUCCACAUCGUACACCGCAACGCUUGAAAUUAAUUCAUUGACUAUCUAUGUACAAUAUUUAUUGUAUAACCGAUUAUUAUUACCAUCUAUGUUAACAUACAUAAUUUUUCAACCAUUCAAACCGAUUCUUCGUUACAUUCGUUUUUUCGCUGUCGUCAUUUUUGAUUUUCAACCCGUCGUGCUCCCAAUUAAUUCUAAUUACAUUUUUUUUUGGUAAAAAUCAAGUUUGUAACAACAUUGUAUAAUAGCGUUCGCUAUUAAAACGAAUAGGAUAGUUAUAUUCCGGUGUAUUGAGUUUGCCUUUUCUUGGGUCGUGUUUGUUGACGUUAAAAGUUGGAAAUUUCAUUUCGUUUCGAAACAUGACUUCUAUUGACAUCGAUGAAGUAAUUUUUAAUCUGAAAGCAACCAUCACGUCGAGUAAAGGAGGAGUUCUUUUGAAGAGUAUCGAAUCUGAUUACCAUAAUAUCAAUGGCACAUGUAUACCAUAUCGAGAAUUAGGAUACAGUUCUUUGAAAAAAUUCAUUCAGUCUUUCAAAGUAUUUAGGAUAGAUGAAUCAAGAAAUGAUCCAAUUGUGAAUGUUGUUAGUGAUGUUAAAACUCAACAUCUACAAGAAAUGAUUAAAAAACAAAAAACUACAAAAAAGUCUAAAUAUAAAAAAAAACCUAAAGUAAUUCAUAAGAAAUUCACUAGCGACUAUAGUGCAAAUGCUAAGCAACCUUAUAAAAGAAAAGUAGUUUCUAAUAUUCACAAUUAUACUUCUGCUGUUUCUUCUACAAACACACUUGACUCAAAAUGGCUCAAAAACUAUGAAUUACCUACUUAUAAAAGUAAAGUGACAACUGUUUCCUCUAAAAAUAAUCAUACUUCUGCUGUUUUGUCUAAAAGCAAACUGGACUCAAAGUGGCUCAAAAAUGAUGAAUUAUGUACAUAUGAAAGUGGAGAAAUUCCAGUUUCCAAAAUUAUUAAUCAGACUUCUGCUGUUUCUUCUAAGAAAACAUUCGAUUCAAAAUUGCCCAAAAAUGAAGAAAAAAGGAAACCGAUUCUGCUGAAGAAAAUAACUAAGCUGUGUGGUCAAUCUGCUCAAGACAGAUUACAAAAAUAUGUAAAAAAGGAUAUUUCACAAAUGGAGAUUAAAGAUUAUAGCAAUAAUUCUUUAUUUCCGAAGAAUUUUAACUAUUUAUGUCAGAAAACAUCUGAACUUACCAAUACAUAUGAUAAAGUCAAUGAUACGAAUAUUAUGAAUUCACCUAUUGAACUUUCUACAAAUCAACCAGAACCAUUAAAUACAGAAAUAAAUCAGUUGCAAAUUCCAAGUAAAUGUAAGAUGACUGUGACUGUGACUGCUAUUUAUAGCCUUUUAGACAUUUGGGUUUGUUUAGAUGAAAUAGAAAAAAAUGAGAGUUUCUGUAAAAUGCAAAAGGAAUUGAAAAUAUAUAUGGAUUCAAAUAAUUUAAGUCCAAUUAAGCAAGACCCUAUUAUUGGUCAUUUUUAUGCUCUUUAUCAUCAGCUAAUGUGGCAUAGAAUUUCAAUUGAAUGUAUUGAUUUUGAUGGCUCUAUUAUAUGUUUUUUAAUUGAUACAGGCAAAUCUAUGCAUGCAAAUAAAAACCAAAUUUAUCCAUUGGCAUCAAAUUUUUUUAAUAUUCCUGGACAGGCUAUUAAUAUUUUGUUAAACAAGUUUAAAAUAUUUAAUGAUUUCCCGUUAAUUAAAGAUAUAUUAAUUGAGACACUGAUUGACCAAAAAUUCUUGCUCAUACCUCACACAAUAAUUACAAGUCCUCCAUCUGUAACUUUAUAUGAAGUAGAAUCAAUGAUGAAUGUAAAUGACGAACUACUUCAUACUUUUUUUGAAAAAGUAACAUCGAAAUUUUCAUAUACAAUUGAAUAUAAAUUUACAGAAGCUAAAGUAUUAUCCAUUCUCGAUGGAUACUUAUAUUUACAACCAAAUAAAGAUUUAAUAAAAUCAUUAGAAAAUCUAUUGUUAACUGAUUUAUUUUCAACUGGUUUUUUAAAAAAUAAUAGAGAUAUAGAUUACAGAAAUGUAUAUUUAACUACUUAUAAGCAAAAUAUUAAAGGAAGAGUUAAAGUAUUGUAUUUCAUUGAUGAUAGUUGGGUAAAAAUAUUUUUUAUUGAUUACGGUGUAUAUAGAAAUGUUGAAUUACAGGAACUAAUUAACAUUAAUAAAAUUGAUAAUCUUGUUGCUAAAAUUCCACCCCAAGCUGUUAAAACAAUAUUGCAUAUGUUUCCUCCUCAAUGUAUGACUAAUAAAACAAUAGAUGAGUUUUUCAAUAUUUUAGGAAAUAAUUAUUAUGUGUCAGUUAUGGGAUUAAAUGAUUCCGAUAAUGAUAUUCCAUGUGUUCAGUUAUGGACUGGUGCAUUUCCUGAUACAUGUAUAAACAUGGUUUUGUACUCUAGAUUGGAAAAAAUCAAAAAAAAUUGUGAAGAAAGUAAUACUUAAUAAAGUCACUGAUAAAGUAAGUAUAAUAAAGUAAUGCUUAAGUACCAUUUGAUGUAUUUUUUUUUUUAAGAUUUUUGUAAAAAAUGUCUUCCGUAUUAUUUUGAAUUGUAUUUAUUUAAAUUGAUUUGUUAUAAUAAUUUAAACUAUUAAUGUUAGAAAUGAUUUUGAA